ACGGGCCAGGCCAGGCCAGGCCAGGCUGAUCUGCGUGGGUCGGCCAUUUGGUGCCGAAAGGACCAUUCCAUUCUCUCCUGUUCCAGGGGUGGGGUCGUAAUCACGGGGAAGGAAGCCGAGGGAGGUCCCAGUCGACAUCGCCGGCCUUCCUCCGUUACGUUUGUGCCUCUUUCUGCCUUCUCUAUCUGCUGCCGCGCUGCCGCGCUGGCGCCAUCGUCCUCCUCUUCUCCGACGCACCUAUUGGUUCAAUUUCAAGAAAUGUCGAGGUAAUCACUGAUCGGCUCAGAGUUCAAAAUAUGCAGGCGAAAAUUUGGUCUGCAGGCGAUCGUAAUCGGUUCUGCUUCAGCUUGUAUCCGUGUCGCUCCGGUUGCGCGGCCCGGACCUAGAGACGAUCAUUGCCCUCUGCUUGAAGUGUACGCGAAGAUCGUAUCCCUUAUGUCUAUCCGGUUCUCGUUGAACAAGUUUCCAGCUGAUGGGGCCCUUCUCAGCAAAAGCGGGGUGCCUUGGGGUUGCGUGGUGCAACCCUUUGCGCUCGAGGACGAGUCAAGUCUGCUGCGCAAGAAUCUCCAGAGGGCCGAGGAUGUAGCGAGAUGCGAGGACUGCUUCGCGUAUAUCAACGGCUACUGCCAUGUGGAAAGGUAUUCCUGGAAGUGCAGCCUGUGCGACUGCUACAACAGCUUCAGCGAGGAGCAGCAGAAGCGCUACGGGAACCGGUCGGAGCAUAUGUACUUGCACGAGCUGGUGAGGAGCCAGGUGGAUUUUGAGGUGGCAGCUGACGAGGACGGAGAGGUCGGAGGGGAUUUGCACACGCGGCCUGUGUACAUCGCAGCCGUGGAUUUGACAGGCGGAGAGGAGUUCUUGGAUCUUGUGAAGAGUGCCUUGCUGGCCGCGUUGGAGGCGCUGAGUCCGGCGGCAUUGUUCGGUCUGGUCACGUUCAGUCACAAGAUCGGUUUGUAUGACGUGCAAGGAGCGGUGCCGGUGGCCAAGUACGUGUUCAUUCCUCCGAGUGCUGAAGAGGACGAGGAGUUGCCGGUGUCCUUGGAUCAGGUGAUGCCGUUGGAGGCCUUUCUUGCGCCAAUCGACAAGAACAAGGAGAAGAUCACAUCGGCUUUGGAGGGCUUGAAAGCGGCCACGUCGUGGGAUAGAGCGGCUGCGCUCGGUCGGGCGCCGGAGGAAAUGGCAGUCGGGGUUCGUGGCUUUGGUGCGGCCAUGGACGCUGUCAUCAACUACUUGGGCUCGGACACCGAUGACCUGUUCGUCAGCGCUCGGCUCUGCGCUUUCUGUUCCGGUCCCCCUGAUUAUGGCAUCGGGCAGCUCGACUCUGGAAGGUAUGGAGACCAAUUCGCUACCAAGGGACUUGAUCCCAACAGAGUGUUGUUGAUGGAACAAACGGACUUCUACAAGAACCUGGCAGAACUGGCCGUUGCAGUCGGAGUUUGUGUCGAUCUGUUUGUGGUCUCCAACGAGUACACCGACCUCGCAUCCCUCAAGUUUCUGAGCAUCUGCAGUGGCGGGCAUUUGUGGCUCUACAGCAGCGCCGAUGACACCACCUUGCCGCAGGACAUAUACCGCAUGCUCAGUCGACCCCAUGCCUUCCGUGCUUCUCUGCGACUCCGCACCUCCCCAGAAUUCAAGCCUGCACGAGCGUAUGGCAACUUCUUUGCAGACGCAGAGUUUGAGAACGUCCAGCACAUCGUUUGCUGUGAUCCGUUCGAUACAUACGCGUACGAUUUGGAGUUCUGCAACUCCACUGGUUUCAGCCGGCCGGAAUUCCCUCCCUUCAUUCAGAUGGCUUUCCAGUACACUGUCUUGAUCCCCGUAGAGGCUCCCUCGGCCACAGCUGCGGCAGAAGAUGGUGGGGGCAAAAGUAGCAACGAGUCUAUUCCACUGAGCGAAGAUGGGAAAGCACGGAAUGCUGGCUCCUCUGCUGCUGGGGCUGCUGCUGCCGCCGAUGUCAAUGGAGCAGCUGGGUCAGCAGCGCUUGUGACGACCAAGUACGUUCUCAAGAGGCGGCUGCGUGUGAAAACCGUGCAGAUACCGGUGGCGCAUAGCCCUGCUGAGUUAUACGAGGCAUCGGAUCCGGAAGUUAUACUGACGCUGCUCACGCAUAAGAUUAUUCGUGCAUCCCUGGAGGAAGGAGUGAAGGAAGGAAGGCUGCUGCUGCAGGACUGGCUGGUCAUCCUGACGGCGCAGUACAAUGAUUACUACAAGACGGCGAAGUUUGGAGACGUGGGAAAUGCGACGGUGGACGUGGAAUUUGAGAAUGCCCCGAAGCUGCAGCCUCUUCCCCGGGUGAUCUUUGCCAUGCUGCGCAGCCCUCUGCUCAAGUUUCAUGAAGAGGGAGUCCACCCUGACUACCGCACGUACCUGCAAUGCCUUUAUAGCUCCCUGGAUCCAUCCUAUCUCCUGCGGGCAGUCUAUCCACUGCUGUCAUCGUACAAGUCUCCCAAUGAAGAGGCCUACCCUCAACACUCGCUCAGCAGGGCGGCCUUAGUCACCAGUGGGAGCCCCAUCUUCUUGCUGGAUGCAUUUACCACCCUCGUUGUUUAUUAUGCGCCAAGUGCCCCGCCCACAUUGCCGUUCCCUCCUCCUCAAGCCAGUGUCUUGAAACAGAAAAUCAACAAACUCAAGCAGGAGCGAAUAAUCACGCCAAAGCUCAUCAACAUCCAAGGUGGCCACCAGGAUGCCGAUCAGUUCCACCGGUACCUGAUCGAGGAGCAGGACGUUGAUGGAACCACGUCGUCACUUGGUCUUGUUACUGGAUUCGUGGGUUUCCUAGAGAGGAUUGGCCAGGAGAUUCUUUGGGAAGAGAUCGUCCACGGAUCAGGAAUGCUAGAAACUGGUUUAGGCCAUGGAGAAUGGGAGUGCAGUGACUAUUUGGUAUUUGGGGUGGCUUGUGGCGGUGCUCACACUGCAGUUGUCGCAGAAGAUGGCCGUCUCUUUACGAUGGGACUAAAUGAUCAUGGGCAACUUGGAAUAGGCUCAGAACAGCCCUUCGUCACCUCCCCGGUUCAGGUCAGGGAUCUUCCUCCGAUUCGGUCUGUUUCUGCUGGGCACUAUCACAAUAUUUGCCUUGCUGUGGACGGGGAUGUAUACGCAUUUGGAAGAAAUGAGCAUGGCCAACUUGGCCUAGGAUCUAAGGGGAGAAAGCAUGGUGUCUCGAAGCCAGCUAAAAUCCGUGCACUGGAAGGCACCUAUGUUGCAUCUGUGUCUUGUGGAAGUGAACAUACUAUAGCUGUGACUGAGACCGGGGAAGUACUGACGUGGGGAUGCGGUGAUAAUGGACGGCUGGGCCAUGGACCUGUCCCUCUCUAUCUCCGCUUGAGACGUAAUACGGGCGAGAGCACCCCUCGCCUGGUGCGAGCUCUUGAACCGGUAAGAAUUCGGUCUGUGUCUGCCGGCUACCUGCACUCGGCUUGUGUGGAUGAGAAUGGCAGCUUGUUCAUGUUUGGCCAUGGAAGGUUCUAUCAGCUUGGCCUCGGGAAUGAGAAGGACACGCCUUUGCCAACUCGGGUUCAAAGCACACAUGCGAUUGCUAGUGUCGUUUGCGGGGGAAUGCACUCGAUAGCCAUAACACAGUCGGGAGAUCUGUAUGUCUGUGGAGCUAAUGAGCAUGGCUGUCUUGGACUUGGUGCCCAUCACCAGGACAGCUACAGAGGUGUCCCUGUUCGAGUGGAGGCCCUGAAGCACAGAACUAUCACCCAGGCAGCAUGUGGAUGGAAACAUAGUGCUGCUCUGACAGAGGCUGGGCGUUUAUACACUUGGGGGUGGGGGGGUUCAACGGGGGCGUUUAUGGAAGAACGGGAGUCUAGUGGAGGACAGCUAGGGCACAAUAAUGAGUUUGAUUACCUUGAACCCAUGCUAGUUGACCAAGGGUCAGACUGUCAAAGGGAGGAAGCAGAAGGUGAGGAGCACGUAAAGCAGUUGAACGGACUAAACACUGGAGAUAAAAGUAAGGCAAAGAUGAAUCGGAAGUCUUCUUUCCGUGAGGGCCGCAUCUCCAUGCCAUUGCUGCUGCAGUACAUGGCACUUGUGAUCUUUAUGUACAUCAUAUUCACCAUCUUUGUGCUUGGAAAGAUGAUCCUAGGCCGAGAACGGGGUAGUCUCUCUGAGACUGGCGAUAGUAUCUCGGAAGAAGACGAUGCUCGUGACAGCAUUCUCGGUGUGCGGAUGCAGGGGAGGUCAUCACGUAUGCGUGAGCGAUCCAUGCUAGCUGCACAUGUUUGGAACCCAGAGGCUGAUCGUCUGCUUGGGCUCAGUGCUGUGCUCCAUCCCCCAUGGCAUGCUGCCCCUCUGGAUACAAGGAGCUGCAUUUCCUGCGAGAGUAAUGGGAGCAACAAGGGCAAUAGAACAGGAAACAUAGAUGAAAUGGUUCUUCGUGGGUCUCCGAUGAAUUCCAACACCAAAGCUGCAGGCGGUGAGGAUCACCCCUCUGAAGCAAAGCUUCAGUCUGAUGCCUUCAUAGUUCAGCGUGGAGAUGAUUUUGUCUGUUUCUUGUUGUUGCAAGAUGUAUGCCAUAUUGACCUCACUCCUCUGUCGUAUCCUGCGGAUCAAGGCGGCGGACUUACAGGACUCGGACUGUCAGAUCUUAUUCCUGGGCUAGACGGCGAUAUAAUAAUUGUGGACAAGGAUGAGGAGCAGCCGUGGCGACUUAGCCAACUGGAGGGUGGACUCUGGUUCUCUGCGGACCCAUCAUUCAAUCUGUCCAAGAUUGAUGUCUCGCAUGAUGUUUGCGCCCUUCAGAAACUCACUCUUCCGGAUCCCAGCAAUGAACUUUAUUCGAAUGAUGACAAAGCUGAUCUGAGUGUGAAUUCAAAGAAGUUUGGACGGUUUGUGGAUUUAGAUAUGGCGAUGCUAAUGGAAGAGAAGCUUACGCAAAUUGUUUCACAUAGUUGGGGUCGGAGGGAGGUGUCAGAUGGAGAAGGUGUGUGGUUGGAUAGUGUUGAUCACAGAGGGCCAAAGGAGGUGCACAAAGGGGCGCCCACAGCGCCGGUAAGAACUAAGGUGAUUGAUAUCGGGGUCGUUUCCCCUCGUGAUGCGCACCUUGGCCUUUUUGUGGAGUGUGUUGGAAGCAUAGUAAGCACAUGGCAGCAGCUCCUGAAGGGUCCGAUUUCAUCCAUGGUACGGGCUUCUGUUUCUAUCCACCCUACUCUGUUUUUUCCCCGGAACAAAGUUGUUGGCCAAUGGUCGGCAGAAAUCGCAAAAGUUCUUCUGGGAGAGAAUGCACGAGUGUUGCCUGGAGCGAGCCCUGCACGCCAAGGUGCACGUGUCUGCUUCCGCAAUGCUAUCUUUCCUCUGAAUACAAUCCACAUGCCAGUGGGGGAAGCUCUGUCAGCCAAUCUUGCUGCUGUGGGUGGAAGCCCUGGGCGCAAAUAUCAGAUUUCUGUCCUGUGGCGGGAGGUGACGGGAAGGGUGGGAAACUUAGAUGCAGUUUCGGCUGUGCUUCGUCAAAUCUUCCCAGGAUGGAAGAUCAGAUUUGUCACUCUGGCGAAGGAGACGUUCGAAAACCAGGUUGACAUCAUGCGCACAACCGCUCUUUUCGUUGGGAUGCACAGCCCAUCGAUGGCGAAUAUGAUUUUCAUGCCCCCAAAGGGAAUUGUGGUCGAGUUGUUUCCCUACAUGUAUGCAGACGCUCGCUACAGGCGCAUCGCUCUGCGGUAUGGGCUCCACUACUUCAGCUGGACGAAUCAGCAUGAGGAAAGGAAUGUGUAUGCAGGGGGUUGUCUAAAGAAGGGCAUGUAUGCAAAUCUAUCUAUCUCGGACUGUGAAUUACAUUCGGGUUGUCGCCGAUGUGUCAGGGAACUGUCUGUCACAUGGGUUGAUCCACCAGAGCUGCAUGAAAUUCUCAUGUCUGGAAAGGUUGUGGACUUGCUGAAGGAAUGGGCUCCAGCUAAAUCUUCAUGGAAGGCCCUCGCAGCCAUUUGCCGGAGGCUCUCUGUGCCUCGUGACGAUCGUUUCCACAAGAGAUUACAGGAGGCAAGUGUUGCGCACUUCUGGAGGCGCCUUGUUUCAUCUCCAGGCAAAGAGAUUGCCGAUAAUGGCAAUCUUGAUGAUGCCGAGCUCCUCAUCGGGAGGAUCCUCGAAUCGGAGUACAACACCUCACCGCUGCACGUUCUCAUCAGUGUCUGCCGUAAGUAUAAGCACGCCUUGCACGAUGAUUUCGUUCCAUUUCAAAUUAACAGUUCGAGUCUGAGUGUGGACCGAAAUGGCGGGAGGGAGAAAGGAGGACUAUGGCGGGAGGGAGAAGGGAGGUCUAUGGUGGGAGGGAGGAGGGAGGACUAUGGCCGGAUGGAGGAGGGAGGAGUAUGGAGGGAGAGAGGAGGAGGGAAGGCAGCCACAUCGAAGGAGGGAGAAGGGAGAAGGGAAGCUAUGGUGGACUAUGGUGGGAGGAGGGAGGAGUAUGGCGGGAGGGAGAAGGGAGGCCUAUGGCGGGAGGGAGGAGGGAGGACUAUAGCCGGAGGGAGGAAGGAGGACUAUGGCAGGAUGGAGGAGGGAGGAGUAUGGCGGGAAGGAGGAGGGAGGAGUAUGGCGGGAUGGAGGAGGGGAGUAUGGCGUGAUGGAGGAGGGAGGAGUAUGGCGGGAUGGAGGUGGGAGGACUAUGGCGGGAGGAAGGAGGGAGGAGUAUGGUGGGAGGGAGGGGGGAGGAGUAUGGGAGAGAGGAGGCAAGCAGCCACUUCGAAGGGAGGAGGGAGGAGGGAGAAGGGAAGCUAUGGUAGACUAUGGUGGGAGGGAGGAGGGAGGACUAUGGUGGGAGGGAGGGAAGCUAUGGUAGACUAUGGUGGGAGGGAGGAGGGAGGACUAUGGCGUGAGGGAGAUGGGAGGCCUAUGGCGGGAGGGAGAUGGGAGGCCUAUGGCGGGAGGGAGGAGGGAGGAGUAUGGCGGGAGGGAGAAGGGAGGCCAAUGGCGGGACGAGGGAGGGAGGACUAUGGUAGGAGGGAGGACUUUGGCGGGAGGGAGGACUUUGGCGGGAGGGAGGAGGGAGGACUAUGGCGGGAGGGAGGAGGGAGGAGGAGAGCAGCAGGAGCUGUAGACAGAGCAGGACAAACUGUGAGGGAGAGGAAGUGGCCAAUGUGGCAGUGGCAAUCAUUGGAGAAGGAGGUGGGGAGUAGUCUCUUAUUAUUUGGAGGGGGACAUAGCAUAAUAGGGCAGGGGGAGAAGAUGGCUGCCAGUGCAGCUCUGGUGGUGAAGAAUGCACUGGACGAUGAGGUGAGUCGCAGCAAUGUUGUGCGAUUACGCGGUCUUCCGUUCAGUGCAACAGAGGCGGAUGUGAUUGAAUUUUUUAAGGGCUUGGAUCUGGGGCCUGAUGGUGUUGUCAUGUGCCUGAAUUACCAGGGCAGGUCGACAGGUCAGGCGUAUGUUCAGUUCGCGUCGGAAGAUGCUGCAAACAAGGCGCUAGAGCGAAACCGGCAGCAUAUGGGGAACAGAUACAUCGAGGUGUUCAAGGGCCACCCAUCAGAUAUGCAGGGGGCUCUGCGCAUGGCGGGACGGGGUAGCAAUGCCAUGAAUGGGGGUGGGCUUCUUCCCGGAGGUAUUCCGGGAGCCUCAGGGAACCCUGACAUGAGGUACACGGGGGUGGUGCGCAUGCGGGGCAUGCCCUACAGUGCCACGGUGGCGGAUAUCACCAACUUCUUCAAGGGGAUUCAGAUUGUCCAGGAUGGGGUUUUCCUCUGUGUGCAUGCAGAUGGAAGACCGACGGGAGAGGCAUUCGUCGAAUUUGCCAGUGAGGACCUCGCCACUAGGGCGAUGCAGCUCCACAGGGAGCCGAUGGGUCAGCGGUAUGUGGAGCUCUUCCGAAGCACCAAGGGAGAGAUGAUGACUGCUAUCAGUCAGCGCAUGUAUGGUCUGUUUGGGGCAGCGGGGGGGUUCGCUCCCUUUGGCAGUGCUGCAGUUGGACAGGGCAUGCCCGGCCUGAUGGGCGGCCUGAUGGGCGGCGGUCUCGGCGGGGGAAUGCAAGGCUUGGGAAUGAACCUUGCGGCCAUGCAAAGCUUAGGCACGGUCGGCGCCUCGGGCAUGCCUGCCCUUCAAGGUAUGGGUGCGGGUGUCAUCUCAGAUGGCAUGGAGAACACGUGCAUCAAGAUGCGCGGACUUCCAUACAAUGCCGGCCAGCGGGAAAUUCUCGAGUUCUUUGAGGGCUACAGUGUCGCCCCCAACGGAAUCCAUAUAGUUAUGGGACCAACGGACCGACCAACGGGGGAGGCGUACAUCGAAUUCUCAAGCGUGGAGGAGGCUGCGAGGGCUAUGGAACGCCACAGGCAGAACAUUGGCUCGCGGUACAUAGAAUUGUUCAGAGUAACCAAAGGAGAGAUGAUGAUGGCAGCAGCAAGCGCAGGGUUUGGACUGGCACACGCAGCAGCGGCAGGGAUGGACCCAAGCAUGCAGCUCAUGCUGAUGCAACAGCAAGCGGCCGCCGGGUUCAUGGGAGGGGGGUUAAGCGGGUUUAUGGGGGCCGGGCAAGGGGCAGCAGGAUGGGGGCUGAGUGAUAUGCACGCGGCGGCGGCGGCAGGUUACUACCCACCAAGGACGGGGGCUACACCAUCAACAGCAGCAGGGGCGGCUUUCGCAGACCCGCGAGCAACGGUAAAAAUGAGGGGAUUGCCAUAUAGAACAACGAUGACGGACAUUCUUGAUUUUUUCCGCGAGUAUAAUGUUCUCGUUGAUAGUGUAAGGCUUGGGGCAUCAAUGGAUGGGAGAUCAAAUGGGGAGGCCUAUGUUACUUUUGGUAGUCAGGAGGAAGCACAGAGGGCAGUGAGGGAGAAGAACAGGGACAACAUCGGGAACAGGUACAUUGAACUGUUCAUUGCUGGGUGAGUGAAGGGGUUUACUCUAAGAUUCUUGCCUCACUGCUUCAUCCUAACCAUUGAUCAUCAUCAUCAUCAUCAUCGUCAUCAUCAUCAUCAUCAUCAUCAUCGUCGUCGUCCUCAUCAUCACCAUCAGUGUCACAUCGCCGCCUUUCUUUCUCACUUUCAACAUCGUUCCUCCUCCCCCUACCCCGCUCCCUCAGCUCCAUUUUCUUCCAUUUUCCCGCUUCGAUGCUCUGCUCCACCUGUUCCUCACAAUCCUCAUCACUAUCCCUCAUCAGGAUUAUCUUCAGUGUCAGCAUCCUUGUAUCUUUCUUGGGACCUUUCCUUGUGGAAGCCCCCUCUCCCCCAGGCAAUCACCCGCUCUCCCUUGGCCUACCUCUCACAAUCGGCCAAUUUUUUCUUUCUGUUUUGCACUUUUCUGUUUUCUGUUUCCCCCCAGGGGUAUCGGUCACAGGGGGGUUGAGAAACCUCGCAGUUUUGUUGCGGAUAAGAUCUUUCUCCGAAGUUUCUUGUCCUGCUCGGGGAUAAGACCAUCUUGCAUGCUUCACAGGCCCCACCCACCCACCAGCUUCUCAUGCUCUUUCCUGUGUCUGUCCUCCUUUCACUUUCUCACCCGCCCCGCCCCGCCCCACUGCCAUACUGCCAACUAAGGACAGCUCUACACCCGAGAGGCUCUGAAAUCUGCUUACUGUGCAGCCCGCGCGUGGGAGGAGGUUGGGGGGGGGGGGGGGGGGGGGGGGGGGGGGGGGGGGGGGGGGGGGGGGGGGGGGGGGGGGGGGGGGGGGGGGGGGGGGGGGGUGGGGGAGAACAGGGGGCACGGGACGGGGGAAGUGGGAAGGGGCAUGUUAGUGAUGGCAUGAAUGACAGGGCUAUUCACACCUUUGCCUUCUUUCCCUGUGAAAGUGAGAUUUGCCUUCUUCCCUGUGAGAGUGAGAUGUAGGACAUUCGAUUUCCCGCCUGAAGGUUGUCUGGUCUUAUCUGAUCAACUGUGAGAGGUGGAGGGACAUGCCGGCAAUUUCCACAUGCUAGCUUUCAUUUUUGUGGCAUCGCGACUCGUGUUGCCUUAUGCUGGUUUCCAUCCAACCAUGCGAUGCGAAGGAAACAGAUACGUACGGCUUUUUUCUUUUUUCUUGUUACUCUUUAUGUUCGUUUUUUUUUUUUUUUUUUUGGCCUUUUAGGCUUUUAGUGAAAGCAAAAGAAUGCAGCUUUGCAGUA